AACGCAAACACGCGCUCUAAUUGGCUGAUACUGCGCGUGGCCCCUCCUCGCGCGGUGAUUUGAAAAAGGCUUUGUGGCGGAAGAGUGUGUGUCCGCGCGAGGAGGAACAUCAUCAGUCAUGGCUCCCAGGAAGAGGACCACCAAACAGCGGAAAAACAACCCCAAGACGGCCAAACUCGAGGCUUUCCUGGAGGACUUCGACAGCGAGGUGAAGACCAGAGUCGGACAACUGAAAGAGAAGUUUAACCAGCUGCUCAAAGAUGUUGACAACAGCUACAACAUGGCACUAAUUAAGCUCCCCAAGGCUGUCAGGCAAACUACCUGGUUGGAACAUUGCAAGCCUGACAAACCAAAGUCUCCAGAAGUGGAUAAUGUAAAGAGAGAAGAGGAAGCUGCUAUUGUUGAGAGUGUUGUGGCUGAGGACCACGCAGUUCUUCUAAAAUCAGUCAAGAAAACGUCAAAGAAAAAAGCCAAGUCCAGCUCAGAGGAUGAAAACACCCCGGGCACCACGAGGAAGGGGAAAGCAACAAGGAAACCACCAACUACAUCAAAAAGGGCGAAGGCGCUGUCAGUCAGCAAGCAGAACACCUCCAUCAGGCGAUCAACCCGGAAGCCGCUGGUCACUCCUGCCAGGAGUAUGCUGGAUUCUUCUUUGAUGAUGGGCGCUACUCCCCUUAUCACCCCACGCUUCGACCCAAGGCUUCCUAAGACCCCCGCUGUGAGAGUUCCUCGCCACAAAGAGAGGGUCUACAGCAUUUCAGUCAACGGCUCUCCCAUCGCAGCAGGAAAUGAGGACAUCGUCAUCAACGUCCCCAUUGGCAACGGAGAGAGCGUUCAGCUAUUGGGCAGUCAGAUGGACUCAGUGGACCUGUCGCUACUGGAUGAAACUGCUCUGAAGAGCAUUCGGCUGCUGCAGAAUCGCCUUACGACACUGUGUGGGACUUCAGAGUGACCUGAACGUCUGCUGUUGACUUAUAUAAACUUUAUCUUCAUUUUUAAGCUUUGCAACCUUACCUGAAGCGUGGUGUUUUUUUUUUUUGUUUGUUUGUUUUUACUGAUAGCAACAUAGACAGGUUCUUCAAAUGACACGUGUUGUCAGAAUUUAGUCUUUCUGGAUGUAGUUUUCUUUACCUCAACACAUUCACUGGAUUCAUCCUUUUAAUGAAAGCUGUCAAAUGUAUCGAUGUAUUCCACAAUUUUACUCAUUCACUUUGUAAAAUAGUUAACAGUUUAACUCCUUUCAUCUUUAAUUUUUGUGUGGUUGAUUUUUGCUACCUUUCUAACAUUAGGCUUUAUCCUUUUUGGGAAUUGGGCCUAAUGUCUCUCAGCCUAGAUUUUACUUGUUUUACAAGACUUGUAAGAUUAUUGACAGAUCUGUAAAUAUGUUUCACUGUUUAUUCUUUGUUUUGAAUGUACGCUUUAAUCCUCCUUUUUUAUUUUAUCAGCAAUCCUGUUUCUGUAAAUCAUCUUACAGUAAAACCAUGUAUAUAGAUGCACUUUUCUACUCAUGCAGAACUGAUAAAGGAUUUUGACACAGC